AUGACGGCUUUGGAGUGUGCUAUUAAUGUAAUCAAUACAACAGCACAACAAAAUACGCACGCAGUAGAGGGCAGCGGGACGGCUGCGCGCUUGCUUUCGCUUGACAUAUCCGUCUUCGACGGGCGGGACGUCGCGGUUUACAAGUCAUUCAUCGAGAUGUUUGAGGCUGGACGGCACGGAGUACAUCGUGACACGCGAAUACCUGUCGUUCAGAAGCUGUGCUUUCUAAAGAAAUACUUAAAAGGCGAGCCGCUGCAACUUAUCGACAACUUGCCCAUGAUUGGAGCUUCAUAUGACUCUGCGCUAGAACUACUCAAGAAGCGGUAUGAUAACCCAGCAUUAAUCAUCAGCAGCCACGUCAAUGCGCUCCUGGACAUCCCAGUGCUGCACCGGGGCACCGCUCUGCAGCUGCGAGACAUUGUGGCCAAGGUCCGGCAACAUCUCACCGCGUUACUAAACCUUGAGCAGCCAGUCACAUCAUGGGACGCCAUCCUGGCCUGCAUCUUGUUAAGAAAAUUAGAUUCUUUCACGGUGAGAUUGUACCACUCCGAGAGGGACAACAGCGAGCAACACACUGUAAGUAGUUUACUUAACUUUUUAGAAAAAAGAGCAGCUGUGUUGGAGGCGAGCCCAUCCGGCGAAAUGUCCCUCCUUCUGGCAGCAGACAUUUUCUGCAGAAUAAUACAAGACAGGAAGGUUCUAGCAGGCCCUGAGGAUCCAGUGUUGCUGAACACGCGCCUUGGAUACAUCGUCUCUGGCAGACUCAGUGCGCUUCACAGCGUAGCUUGGGUACCUGUUUUAGGCAGCGGGCACAAAACUAGCUUGACGCUGUCGGCACCCGAGGCCCGCGAUGGUCUGCUGCCCCUGUUCCAGCAGUGCUUGCUCAAGUACGCACACUUUCUCUAUGACCCAGAGACAGUAUAUUGCAACGCGACUUUCGAUUCAUAUCUGUGCUGGCCGCCCACGCCGGCGGGCGAAGUGGCCAGCCAGCACUGCCCGCCGGCUCGCCUGAGUGACACCUCACAUUUCGCGUAUCGCCAGUGCGAACCGAGCGGACUGUGGCAGGGCCGCCGGCCUAACGAGUCGAGCGCGUUGGGGUGGACCAACUACACCCCCUGCUUCCCGCAAGAGGUUCGGAAUCUCUUCGUCAAAGUCUACGACAAUGAACACGUUGCACAGCUAAAAUUCGAAAUAGCGCUGCGCACUAGAUACAUGGAAAUCGUUGGCUUCAGUAUAUCUCUCGUCGCGUUGGUGGUGUCCCUUUUUAUUUUUUCAUACUACAGAUCUUUGCGCAACAACCGCACCCGGAUCCACAAGAGCCUGUUCAGUGCCAUGGUGCUGCAAGUGUUGAUCAGGCUGACCGUGUACAUCGACCAGGCGCUCGUGCGUAGCUGGCGCGGCGACCGCGCCGCCAACAACACCGACGCUCUUAAGGGCAUCGACAAUAUGCCUUACCUAUGUGAAAGCUCGUACAUGCUCCUGGAAUAUGCCAUCACAGUGAUGUUCAUGUGGAUGUUUAUCGAGGGGCUGUACCUGCACAAUGUUGUUACGGCGAAUGCUCUACGGGAAGGCAUUUCUCACGUAGUGUACUACGCCACCGGAUGGGGCUUGCCCGUUAUUCUGACGGCAAUUUGGGCUGCGAUGACUGCACUGCACUACAAGGGCGAAAGAGUCAACACUUGUUGGUAUGGAUAUAAUUUCUCUCCGCUUUAUUGGAUUAUGCAAGGACCGCGAUUAGGAGCUAUACUGAUAAAUCUGGUGUUUUUAUUGAAUAUAAUGAAGGUGCUCAUUGUUAAAUUAAGGAGUAGCGAGAGUUCGGAAUUAGAAAAAAUUAAGAAAGCAGUCCGAGCCGCGCUAGUUCUGCUGCCGCUGCUGGGCAUUACCAACAUCAUCAACAUGACGGAGGCGCCGCUAGACGGCAGCGUGUGGAAGUUCGCCCUGUGGAGCUACACUACCCACUUUCUCAGGUCCUUCCAGGGAUUCUUCAUCGCACUCAUCUAUUGUUUCCUAAAUGGAGAGGUAAGACAGGUGUUACACAAGCAGUACCGCAACUACAUGGCUAUGCGCGGCAACUUACGACGUCACCGGGAUUCUUUCUUCAACUUUUUGUCCAGCAGUGGUGAACAGAAACCCGGCAGGGACAAAAACAAAAAGAGCGAUGAGAUGGAAUUCGCGGAGGUAUUGCAACCCCAGGGUGAAACAAACAUUGUGGAAAGCAACGCAAACGCAGAAUAUGGAACGUGA